CUGCCCUCACAGAACACACAUUGGUUCUAUGCAACAAUGAUUCUAGGGGAGAGCGGCCUCAUCACAGACACAAGGUGGAGCGCGGAUCACUCCGCCGUCUCUGCUUGGGAGUCCAUUUUAGGUCUACCGAAACCAGGACAAUCCCCGGAUGUAACUGUCAUGGCCGCCAACGGUGACUCGGGCAGCAUAUGAAGGGGGGAAAAAUGCAAGGUUCUCCAUCCUUAGAAGAAGUAUAACUGGAGAUUUAUGAAGAGCAUAAUGUUUUCUUAGGGUGAAUUGGAAUCAAGGCUUCACAUCACAUCCAACCUUCUUAAAAAAAAAAAAAAAAAUCUGCCUUUUUAUAAUGAGAUCACCAAAUAAAGACUUUUUUGGUGACGUGGAAGGAACUUCAUCUUCAAAAGAUGCUAUAUGGGACUUCAGCGGAGGCGCUUUUGCUACUGGGGAACCAAACACUCUGUCCUCAUCGUUUUCACUAAAUGAAAGGAUCAUGCAUGGAAUAGAGGAAAACACAGAGGCCUCAAUAAAUCUGUCACAGGAAGAUGUUGCUCUAAGCGACAUGGUUGAGACGGCCUCCAAGUCGCCAUGCAAGAAACAGACAGCCAGAAAAUCAUUGGCUAAAGGAAAUCUAAAUGACCUCGGCAGUCUCGAUGAGGAAAAUGCAGACAUUAAAACAGAACCAAACCUAGACGACGAUUCUGUCAAUACAUCUGCAAAGGUCCUUCACUUCUUUUGCCAGAAAUGCAAAAACGGAAUUCGGUAUAGUCCCAACGAUCUUCAAAAACACUUUCUUAUAAGUCACAACGGAGAGCUGCCACUCUAUCCCUGUGAAAUGUGUAACGUCACCGCAAAUGAUUUUCAGGCCUUUAAACAGCAUAGAAAAACUCACCGGAGUGCACUGGUAAAAUGUGAAAUCUGUAACAAUGACUAUUUAUAUACCUUGUUGGACUUAACAAAGCAUUUCACAGUCAAGCAUUGUGUUAAUGGCCGCUUCAACUGUUCAAAAUGCAGAUUUUCUACUAUAGAUGUUGGAACGUUUGUUCAACACAUUCACAGACACAAUGGAAUAGAGUACGCUUGUCAAAAAUGCAAUCACAUCAGUUACUCUAAAAUAGAGUUUCAGAGACAUCUUCAGGGACACAGUACCAUGUUACCAUUUAGCUGUCAGUACUGCAGUUACAGUGCUAUGCGGAAAGACUUUAUAGUGAAACACAUUUUAGCAAGGCACAGAGAACAGAUUCACACAAGAGACGAUAUUGUACACGACAGUUCUAAGGCACAGAUGGCCCAGCCAAAUGCCGGAGUGAAGCUGGUCUUAAAGAAAUAUCAGCAUGAAAGUCAGGAUAAUUCACCCUGGAGGCACGAAGGCAACAACCCCGUCCAGGAUAAGAUUGGAGACAGCAACGAUAACACUAGCGGGUUUCACCAUAAAUUCUUAGAGAAAAACCAACUUCCAAAAGACUUUCCAAGAUAUAACACUGCAUCGGAGCAAACUGUAAAUGAUGGACUGUCUUCUGUGACCACAAUCAAGUGUAACAAAGACGAUGCAAGCACUCAGGGUAACAUGGGUCUCUUACAAAAUGCCGUCCAUGGCCCAACUGUACUGAUGGUGAAGAACAAUAAAAUUACAGUGCCAGCAAAUUACACUGCAACCUUUGUGGGCUACAAGAUGGUCAACGGGAAACAAAACCUCGUUAUUAAAUUAUUGCCGACAAAUAAGCAGGCAACAAAUACUACCCAACCGUCACCAUCACCUCAGUCAUCAAACAGUUUGCCGCGUUUCUCUCAGGGCUCUAUGCAUGGAUCAUAUGGGUCACCUAACACUAAUCGGUCAGUGCCAUCGUAUAAACCACCAUCAGUUCCGGCUUCUACACCUGCGGCUCCAGCAGACAGACAACCUGGGACAUUACGAAACUUAACAACGGCACUUGGUUCUCUGAUGGCGAGGAAAAACGAAUCGAUGUCUAAGCUAGCUACUUCAGCUAGCAGGCAACAUUAUAAUGAACCAAUACAUAAAAAUGUAAAUACUGUCAAUAAAAAGAAUGCGCCCUCUGCUUCUGAUUUUGUGCAGAAGAUUAAAGAAGAGCCGGGUGAAUACAACAUAAACGAGCAGCAGUUUUUCGACAAUGAUCACACGUAUGAAUCAUCCAGCGAUAGAAUAAACCCAUCUACUGGAUCAUCUCGCCUAACCAUAGACCCAACUACUGGUUUCUUAGUCAGACCCCAGCAGAAUGACGCCAGUGGGCCAAAACCUAAGAUCUUUUACGGCAACAAAAACUUUAAUAACACAAUGUUGCGUCCUUCAGCACCAAGUGGUCUUGGGAAUUUCUCUGGAACAAGUCCCAACUAUAUUUCUAAAAAUGACUUUUUACUAAGAAAUGCUCAAAUGAACGUCAGAAUGCCAAGGUUAGCAGAGAUGAAUAAGCCUGAAAAUGUAUCCUUCAUGCCAAGAAUUACAUCAGUAUUCUCUUUACAAAAUCGUCCAUCGGACCCAAAACCGGUUGCAAAAAAUACUUACCUACACAACAUGCUGCAGGACAAUAAAAGGUUAAAUGAUAAAUUUGGCAUGGCUAACUCCCAAAGCCCACAUCCUGUCAGUAAUGCCUUUGCUUUUCCAAAGCAACCGCUGUCAAGCUCGGUACAACCCUUGUCGACCCCUAUUGCAAAAUUUGACAGCCAUCUACAAAAUGGUAAUUCACCUUCAGCUGUAUUUUUAAAACAGGAACCAGUAUCUCCCGGAUGCAGUAUUAAACCUACUCACCCCUCAAGAGUAAGUGAGCUUCUGAAAACGCACUCUGAUGCAAUAGUUAACCAGCAACUGGCAAAAGACAAAAUGAGCUGUGUGGCAAAACCUUCAAGCGGUCCAACACCUUUACAGCUAUAUCAUAAUCCACAACUUUCUGGAAUGUCACAAGGAAACCCUAUCUUGUAUCCUUCAGGUUCUAAUAGGUUUGUGCUGCCGAUCGUACCAACCAGCCAAUCUGGCUUAAAAAUUAUUUCAAGUCAGACAAAUGCGUCCAGCUCUGCAACAUUUUCUGCUAGCAACAGAUUUAAUGCUCCAGUCAUGGUCAAUACAAAACCUGGCAUGGUAUUAACCAUCGCCAAUGGACCUUUUGGUACCAUACGAAAUGUGACCAACGGAAGCCAGCAGGUGAUUGGUACAGUGAACAAUUUAGGCAAAAUGGCCCUUCCUAGAUUACCACGCCCUACUGUACCCCAUCUUUUUAAACCAAAUGUGAGCACUUCUUCAAAUAUUCCUGCUAAUAUUGUUUCUGGUUCGGCUGUAGGAGGUAAGCUUCCAAUAAACUUAAAUGUCCUUCAGUAUUGUUUAAAUUCAGAUGGUUCGAGAACACAAGCUGGGAGUUUAGAUGCGAAUAAACAGCCUGACUCACUCCAGAAACAGCCAGUGUAUGCCAUCUUACCCGAUGGAAAACAAGCAGUACUUUUGAAUUAUGUUUUACCAAAAACUGUGUCUACAAAUACCCAGAAAGCUGUUCAACUGAACCGAACCAACCAGAAACUCCUACCAAAGAAACCUGAUGACAUGCAGCAACCUGCUGUUUUGAAGAGAAGAAGUGAACUAAGUCUUACUCCGUCGGCAUCAGUUAAGGAGGAGGACAUCAGUGCCCUUGAUGGAUAUGGGGGUAGUGGAUCUACAAACAAAUUGAGCAAUUCAGAUUCUUUGCAGAAUAAGCAAGCAGAAAGAAAUCCUUGCCUGAGAUCUAGUUCUAGUGCUCCUCAAACAGAAGAACCUUUAUCAAACGAUGAUUCACUUUCACAACCUUCUUCAUCAGGUGUUUCAAAGGUACCUAAAGUGAAAUGUAAGCAAAGUAACGUGAAUCUAUCAAACUUUAAAAAUAAGAAUUGUAAACGAAGGAUAUCAGAUGCUGGCAGCUAUGAAGCCGACUUUGAGUUUAAGACGAAGAAAAGAGUGGUUGAUGUCUUGGUGGAUGUACCACGAAAGCAAAUGCUUCAUAGAAAAUGUAAGGCAAAGUCUUAUGCAAGUGAAGUGGAAGUGGAGAGUCUUCCAGAGGAUCUGACACCAACACCUCCUAAGGAAGUUGUAAGGACAUUGAGACUUUAUCCUGUCAGCCCUAAUCAACCUAUAAAGUAUCCACGAAGGGAUCAGCCAGUUGUCGUGUUGAACCAUCCAGAUACCGAUGUUCCCGAAGUUGUUAACUUGAUGAGAACCAUCUCAAAAUUCAAUGGACAUGUUCUAAAAGUGUCACUUUCCAAAAGAACACUUGAAGCCCUUUUAGAGUCAAGGCUGUUGAAUUGUGCUGAUGGACUAACUGGAAGACGUCAUCGGCGGGCAAAACCUGUGAGCCCUGUAAAAGAGAGAUUUGUUCUUAAGUUAACCUUAAAGAAAACAAGUAAGAACAAUUACAAAAUUGUGAAAAAUACACCUCCGAACAGGCUUCAAGCAAAAUUCAACUGCUGGUUUUGCGGUCGAAUAUUCGACAAUCAGGAUGAAUGGGUUGGACACGGCCAAAGACAUCUAAUGGAAGCCACAAAAGAUUGGAACACCUUGUUUUAGCAGUUUUAAACUUGACUUUAAGACUACCGUUGUGGUUUCUUUCCUUUUUCUAUAACUCAAUGAACAUUGAUGUGUCCCACACUCAAUAUUUUCAGCUCGAGAAUCCAGUCCGAUAUGUUGCUGUUCAACAUGUACUGCACACAUGCAGUCCUC